AUGAAGCGCCGGGUCGCCGAGAUGGAGUCCGAAGCCGCAAAGCUGAAAGAAAUGCAACAAUCCCUCGAUGCGGAGGCCGAAGGUCUCCAAGAGAACAAGGAAGAUAUCGAUGCCCGGAGCGUCUUUGUCGGUAAUGUGGACUAUGGCGCGUCACCGGAGGAGAUCCAGUCGCAUUUCCAGAGCUGUGGCUCCAUCAAUCGAGUCACUAUUCUGCUGGAUAAGUUCAGUGGUCAGCCGAAGGGAUACGCCUACGUGGAAUUCUCCGAGCCGAGUCUCGUGGCUAAUGCGCUGGUUUUGAACGAGAGUGUCUUCCGUGGUCGCAACUUGAAGGUCACUCCUAAGCGUACCAACCUGCCUGGUAUGACUCGCGGUCGUGGACGAGGUGCAUUCCGUGGUGGACGUGGGCGAGGCCGUGGCACCUACCGCGGUGGUGGCUUUCGGGGACGCGGUCGUGGCUAUGCUCCCUACUAA